AUGGGCGUUCGCCACGCAGCCCCCUUCUUCGGCGUGCAAUCCAAUCCCCUCAUUCUUCCUCCUUCCUCACCUCACAAGGUGGCCGACUGGCGAACAGAAGCAAUGAAUGAGGACUCGGAAGUGGUCAAAUACAGGCAAGCAGACCAGGACAAACAGAGAUAUGAACACCACGCUUUUGUCAGUGGUGGCAUACCCAUGAGCCUCGGCCAUGCCAAUUAUCUCGUGAAUAAGGAGAGCGACCUCAAGUGUUCGCGCGUUCUGCGACAGCUGGCACAAAUGUUCACAGACGAGUCUGCGGGCCCAACGGCGAGUCCAGGACAAGGAUGGCAACUGACCGAGCAGCUCCUCAAUCCCCGAAAUAUACCUUCAACGGAGCUUAACAAUAGCAAUCUUGAGGUUCCUGUCAUUGCCCGAGACACCACUGAGGCCCGCAGUCCGCCGUCGCCACUCCGCAAAUGGGCUAGAUUUUAUGGAGAAACCCAAAGCGACGCUUUGAGCGUCAAGGUCAUGCUGGAUGAGAAAAGCCCUUUCAAUUACAUCUCGGAAAAGCUGCUCUCCCGCCUCGAGUUGAGCCAUACCAAAGUCGAAGAAGUGAGGGCUGAAGAAUUCAGUCAGCGAAGGGCGAGUGAGGAAGCCAUCGGCUUCCUCGCCAGGAGGGAGCAAGUUUCCAGGUGCGAAGUCGCGUAA